CCCACCUGACAUCAUGGCACCCAGCGACUAUUUCGAGAAGCUUUCACCCGAGCUCAUAACUAUAAUCCUCGGUACUUGCGAGUCUGCUGUGGAUGUACAAUCUAUAAUUAACGCAGAGCCAUACAUUUUGUCCGUUUUCCUUCAAAACCAGAAGCGUAUCCUCCAAUCCCUCCGACAAACUCUUGAUAACCAUUUCCCAGGACAGAACCUUACACAAGCAGUCAUGGUGUGCCGCUUACGGCAUAUGGCGGAUCGAUUGCAAGGUCGGGGUCGGGCUCAAGUUGAACAGGUGAUCAAACCAGUCUUGACAUCACCACCAGAACCACUUUCAAUAUCGAAACUAAAUUUAGGAGCUCUCUCAGAACUACAUGGAGUCCUUCGCGAAGCGAAUGCUUUCACUAUCUCUUACUCGCGCAAGGCUUGGGCAACGACACAGAAACUGGAAGCCCGUGAGGCUGACAAAGAGGAUAUUGCUAGGCUUUCCUUGAAUUUGCCCUUGUCGGAGACUGAAAGUCAACAGAUACAAAAGGCAUAUCUGGUGUUCGACGCAUACCGACAUGCCCUCUGCUUCAGCACCUCCUUGUUGCAAGACUACGAGUAUGGAAACCUCUACUCAAACAUCCGCAACACCUCUUCGACGAUUUGCGAUCUGGGUUCGGACGACGCCCUCCCAGAAAAACGCACGGAUUUCUCUCCCCUGGCGGAUAAUUGGGCGAAACGCAUUAGCGGGUACUGUCUGGGCUGUCUGCUCGACCGAUGCGAGGCAACGCAGAUACCGAAGAGAUUCAUCUUAGCAGCUCUGGUGGCAGCAGGUAUCUUCGAACUAGUUCUCGAAGAUGUGUUUCCAGCCUUCCUGGCUGCUGACUCACCACUAUUGGAUCAGUACAGAAGGCAUAUCGAAACUGAAAGUGGAUGGAAAGAACUCCAGCGAGUUGACGUUAUUUCUAUAAAGUCCCUCUUCUCAAGCAAGGAACUGAAGAAGAAGAUUAUCUCGGAAAGGUCAGAGUGGCUUUCCAGCUUAAUGCUGCAAACUCUGAGCUGUUUUCUGCCUCCGGAAAGUCGUGAUAGAGCCCAAAAUCUGUCUUCCAGCGACCAAGAAAGGGAGGCUGUUGAGGACAUGAAGACUAUUUUAAGUCACGCGUUGGGAGUCAAGAUUGAGCUUUUGCUGUCGGUAAAACGGCUUAAGUAUCACUUUUUCAGGCCGGGUGCACUGUUCGACGCGGGGAAAAUGAAGGUCGGUCAAUCCCAAGCUGGAGACAUUGCAGAUUUGGGUCAAGAGGUCAAGAUCUGCCUAUUACCCGCUCUUUUCACUUUCCCAGAAGCAAGCAAUAGGAAUGGAAUUGGAGGGGAGUCGGAUCUUAGGGCAAGCUAUAGUAAGGCUUUGACCGAAGCCUCAGCCAAGUGCACGGAAUCUCUGGUUCUUGUGGAAAAGGCAAUUGUAUUCCUUUAG